GGUUAACUUACUGGUUGAAAAUGACACUUGGAACAAAGACAAACGUUCACUUCUUAAGAAAAACACGUUCGCAAUCCACUGAGGCCACCAAACAAAUUGAUAACAGUAAUGUCUCCACGCAAACUCCAAUGUGGGUUGGAUUUAAUAGAUUUGGAAAACAUAUUCAUUGGUUCGAUGGUGAACAAUUUCCACAAUUCGUGCUUGAUGCAGUUGCAAUGGGAAGUUUCAACCUCAACGAAAAUACAUCUGAUACUGAUGUUGAAAGCCACGACGAGAUCGAUUCGAAUUCCGAAAAUGAUAUAUCAGACGAUGGAAGCGCCAGUAGCGAUGACGAUUAAAGAAACUAUAAUAUAAAUAUAACAGACAUAAUAUUAAUAUAAUAGACAUAUUUAUAUAUACAAUAACUAGCUAGCUGUAUUAAAUAUACAUAUAUCUACUCGUAUACUUUUUUAUAUCAUGUAUUACCAUUAUGCAUCUUCAUAUAUGCUCCCUCUCGCAUCCGUAUAAUCUUCUCUCCACCGCACUCACCUAGAACACUUCUUACCACUUUUCACGCUGUUCUGUCUGUUAAAUCGGCCUGGCUUUCAAUAUAUAUUACUUUCAUAGCAUUAGAAACAUGUUGUAAAAAUUACAACCUUUAUGAAACAAUUUAAGUACCACCAUUAAUAAUACAACUUUACGAUCACCUGUCUGUAGGUCCAAACCAACCAAGAUGCCUGGCAUAUUUUUUUUAUUUUUCAAAAAGGUAUACAAUUUUAUAUAUUCAAAUUUCAACUUUUAUACUUCACUUUUUUCCAGCAUUUUUUCUUACAGUUUUAAAAAAGUGGGGGUGCGCUUCCGGCCGACACUGGCCAGCCAGGUGGUCGAUACCUUAUUCAGGUAGGAAAAAACUAUCUUUCUGCAAAAUUUCAGCCUUUAUAAAGCAUUUUGAACAAAUCGUUCACCAGCUCUUGGUCUAAAAAUCCGAAUCACUUUCUGCCGCGACGUUUGAACGAUUAUCCUUUGGUUUCGACCUACAUUCACGCGCAAAAUGUCCCUUCUUUUGGCACUUAUAACACUGUAUAUUUUUUUCCACUGUCCUUGAUUCUUGUCAAUCUUAUCACUUUUGUGCGGUUGAUCCUUAUCUUUCUUGGAAUUUCUCGAUUUCCCCGUGUAAAAAACACCUUCUGCAUCACUUUCCGCAUUAAGCUUUGUUUCUUUCUUGAUAAGUCUUUCUUGUAGACUCGCCAGAUUCUGCCUCUCGGGGUCCACGCUGUCCCACUUUGUUUGAAAUAUGCUGAAUUUAGAGGUCAAACUUCCUAGUAUCUUUGCCAUAACCGUGACCUCGGAAAGAUUUUCCCCGACAUCCGCAAGCUGCCUCGCAAGAUUCUGUACUUUAGCAACGUGCGAUACCACUGAAUCAUUUGCUCCCAUGCGAUACUCGAUGAACUUCUGCGUCAGAAGCAAUUUAUUAGUAACGGACUUUUGUUCGUGUAUUUGAGACAGUUUGUCCCACAUGUCCUUGGCUGUUGUGCUCGUUAGAAGGCUCUCUAACUGUGCAUACUCCAUUGAUGACGAGAUAAGAAACAUCGCCUUGGCAUUGUCCUUGAUCCAUGCCUUAGCUGUUGCCGUGUUUUGAUCAUCCGGCCGUGGUCGCGUUCUAUCGACAACGUCUAGAAUUCCAUGCGUUAAGAAAAGAGUCCUAGCUUGAAAUUUUCAUCCUUGGAAAUUCGUUCCGUCGAAUUUUGCAACGUUUCGAGCGGAGAUUUCUUCAGCCAUCAUUUACACAAUUUCUCAGGCACAAGGCAGCACUAGCACUGGACGCUCACCAAAAUUGUCCGCAAACUAACUUUCGCAAAUUUUAAAUUUAAAUUUAAAUUUAACAGUACGUGUACUUCGACUUCUAUACAACACUUUACAUUCGCGCUCCUGGGCCCAUAACCUGUUGGAGUAAACUAAUAAAAUCUGUGACGUGAUGUAUAGGAUUUACUCAAGGAUAGGUAAAAGAAAACUUUCUCACUUCGAACUUGACUCUUAACUGUACUGUAUUCGAAAA